CUGCUCCCCAGACUGCUGGGAGUCGGCGACCGCGGUGACCAUGGCGCGCGCGCUGGCGGAUCUAGCCGUGAACUUGCAGAUCCCCCGGGUCGUCCCCAGCCCGGAUUCGGACUGGGAUACAGACUCGGAAGAGCCGAGUCCCCGGCGCAGCGCGGGUGGCCUGCACCGAUCACAGGUCAUCCACAGCGGACACUUCAUGGUGUCCUCGCCGCACAGUGACUCUCUGACCCGGAGACGCGACCAGGAGGGGCCGGUGGGCGUCGCCGACUUCGGGCCGCGCAGCAUCGAUCCGACCCUCACCCGCCUCUUCGAGUGCUUGAGUCUAGCUUACAGUGGCAAGCUGGUCUCUCCCAAGUGGAAGAAUUUCAAAGGCCUCAAGCUGCUCUGCCGGGAUAAAAUCCGCCUCAACAACGCCAUCUGGAGAGCCUGGUACAUUCAGUAUGUGCAGCGGAGGAAGAGCCCGGUGUGUGGCUUCGUGACCCCUCUGCAGGGAUCUGAAGCGGAUGAACACCGGAAACCCGAGGCUGUGGUUCUGGAGGGGAAUUACUGGAAGAGGCGCAUCGAGGUGGUGAUGAGGGAAUAUCACAAGUGGCGCAUCUACUACAAGAAGCGGCUCCGUAAGUCCAGCAGGGAAGGGGAUCUCCUGGCUCCUAAGCAGGUGGAAGGUGGGUGGCCACCACCAGAGCGAUGGUGCGAACAGCUCUUCUCCAGUGUGGUACCUGUGCUGCUCAGGGGCCCUCAGGAGGAGCCCGGUGGGCGGCAACUCCUGGACCUCGACUGUUUUUUGUCUGAUAUCUCCGACACUCUCUUCACCAUGACACAGCCCAGCCCCUCAUCCCUGCAGCUGCCCCAAGAAGAUGCUUAUGUUGGCAAUGCUGACAUGAUCCAGCCGGACCUGACACCAUUGCAGCCCAGCCUAGAUGACUUCAUGGAGAUAUCAGAUUUCUUCACCAACUACCGGCCCCCACAGACGCCCACAUCUUCGAACUUCCUGGAGCCCCCCAGCUUCGGCCCCAUGACUGACUCUGUCUUUGGCAGUGGGAUCUUGGGUCCUGAGGUGGUGCCCCCAGCCUCUUCCUCCUCCUCCUCCUCCUCCUCCUCCUCCUCCUCUGGGAUGCCCCACCUCUUAGGGAAUACCCGCCUACAGACUCGGAACAGCUGCUCUGCAUCCCUGGACCCCAGUACCUACUUGAGCUCUGAAUUUCUCCUUCCUGAAGAGCCCAAGACCAAGCUUCCCCAUGCUCCUACAGCACCUCCCUUCCUCCCAUAUCCAACCCCUGUCAAGACACAGGGCCUGGAGCCCUGCACUGCACCCCCAUUCCCCACAAUGGCACCACCCCCUGUUUUGUUGCCAGAAGAGCCCCUCUUCUCAGCCAGAUUUCCCAUCCCCACAGUCCCUCCAGUUCUGGGAGUGUCCCCUCUGCCUGUGCCCACUACCUUCCCUCCCCCUCCACACCCUGGCCCUGGCCCUGCCCCUCCCCACUUCCCCAUAGACCAUCUGCCCCAUGGGUACCCAGAACCAGCCUUUGGGCCACACUUUACCAUGCCUCAGAGUGUGCAGCCCAAACACAAACACCCUGCCUCAUCCCCUGGGGGACGGAAAGCCAGUCCUCCCACCUUGGCCCCUGCCACUGCCAACCCAACUACCACUGCCAGAGACAAUAACCCUUGCCUUACCCAGCUGCUCAGGGCAGCCAAACCUGAGCAAGGCCUGGAACCACCGAUUGUGCCCAGCACCCUUAUCCGGCCCGCAGGGUCCCCGCAGGAGACGGUCCCUGAAUUUCCCCGUGCCUGCUUCCCUCUGAUUCCCGCCCCUACACCACCCCAGCCACCACUGGGCCCAGCCACAUUGGCCCCUCCGAGGUCCCUGAUUGUCCCCAAAGCGGAGCGGCUGUCACCCCCAGCACUUGGCGGCAAUGAGCGGCGAUUGUCAGGGGAACUCAACUCCAUACCACCCCCUGGGGCACCAGGUGUCCGAGUGUCUCCCCCUCAACCCAUCCUAAGCCGAGGGCGUGCAGACACCAAGAUGGAGAACCGGCGCAUCACACAUAUCUCUGCAGAGCAGAAGCGGCGUUUCAAUAUCAAGUUGGGAUUUGACACCCUUCAUGGACUCGUGAGCACACUCAGUGCCCAGCCAAGCCUCAAGGUGAGCAAAGCAACCACGCUGCAGAAGACUGCAGAAUACAUCCUAAUGCUGCAGCAGGAGCGGGCAGCUAUGCAGGAGGAGGCACAGCAGCUGCGGGAUGAGAUUGAGGAGCUCAAUGCUGCCAUCAACCUGUGCCAGCAGCAACUACCAGCCACUGGGGUGCCCAUCACACACCAGCGCUUUGACCAGAUGCGGGACAUGUUUGAUGACUAUGUCCGGACUCGCACGCUGCACAACUGGAAGUUCUGGGUAUUCAGUAUCCUCAUCCGGCCUUUGUUUGAGUCCUUCAAUGGGAUGGUGUCCACUGCAAGUUUGCACAGCCUCCGUCAGACCUCACUAGCCUGGCUGGACCAGUACUGCUCCCUGCCUGCUCUCCGGCCAACUGUUUUGAACUCCCUUCGCCAGCUCAGCACAUCCACCAGCAUCCUGACCGACCCAAGCUGCGUGCCUGAGCAAGCCACACGAGCAGUCACAGAGGGAACCCUGGGCAGGCCAUUAUAGUCCUGGAGAGACCUGCUGGGCUCCAGGGACAACUUGUGGGCACUCCCCUCCUGACCCUAACCCUGGCUGGCCCCUUUCCUGAGAAUCAAGCAGCUCCCAAGUCUACACUCUUCACUUCUGGGGACAGACUCGAGAGCUGGGUUCCUGUUCCUGUGUUACACUAAUCUGUGAUCUCCAGUGACUGGCAGCCCAUCUUUGGGCCUCCGUUUGUAACAGAGGACCCCAAGGCAUUAACAGCUAUGACACUUGGGGACCUAAGCAUGCCACUCAGGGAGCUCAGAGGAGGGAAGAGGUCAACUCUAUUUCCUUGUCACUCCUAGCUGCUCUCCGACAAAGGGCAGUGGCCUCAGUUCCUGACCAGGGAGGCAGAGCAGGAGCUCCCCUCUCUCUGCCCCUGCACCAAUGAUAUGGACUGAAGGAUGGCUUUCUCUGGGUGAGGCCAGCGAGGUCUGAUGUUGGGAGACACCAAGGCAAGGGGUCACUGGAGCAGGGCAGGCAUCUUGCAUGUAUGUAGAUGUUUGUGUUUGUACAUGGAUUUUAUAAGAUUCUUGAUCAAUAAAAGCAAAAACUGUU